AUGUCAAUUAAACUAGUUAUUGGAGAGUUUUCUUGGAAUAUUAUUCGUGCAUAUGCCUUGCAUAUAGGCUUGGAUGAGUAUGAGAAAAAGAGGUUUUGGGAGGCUUUGGAUGAGAUGGUGAGAGAUGUUCCUAAUAAUGAUAAGCUUUUCAUAGGAGGGGAUUUCAAUGGGCACAUAAGGUCUUCUUCAAGGGGUUAUGAUGAUGUGCAUGAAAGCUAUGGGUUUGGUAUAAGGAAUGCCAAAGGAGUGGCACUUUUGAAUUUUGCUUGGGUGUUUGGAUUAGUGUCUUUCGACCUAAUAUUGGCUUUUGGUGAUGGACUUGGAGAUCAUAAAGAAGCGGAGGAGGAGAGGGAGACAACAAGAGAGGUGUUGGGUGUCUCGAGAGGCCUCUCGAGCAAAUACCAAGGGGACUGGUGGUGGAAUGAAGAGGUGAAGAAGAAGGUGGAGGCUAAGAAGAAAGCAUAUGCAAAGUUGGCUGAGUGUAAGGAUGAAGAGGAUAAAUGGAAAAAUUGGGAGUAUAAGAUUGCUAGGAGAAAG